AUGGACCCUCAACACCAACAAUGGCGUCCUAGACCGCCAAUCCCAGAUUCCGUCUGCCCUGUUUGCACUAUUUCUCACUUCCCCUUUUGCCCUCCACAUCCACCCUUCAAUCAAAACCCUAUCUUCCCUUUCGAUUCAGGUCACUCUUUCCAAAGACCCGGUUUUGACCCGUAUAUAGGACCCGUGGGUACUCAGAGCCCAUUCAUGGGUAACCCCACUAAUGGGUUUGAAAAUCCGAGGCCGUGGCAGAGAAACCCUAAUUUUGAAGCGGACACCUAUGGCAAAUUUCCGUAUAGAGAUGGCUUGGCGCCACCGCCACCGCCACCGCCACCAUAUGAAUAUGGUGGCAAUGCGUACGUUGGUGAUGGUGAUAGGAACUUUAAGAGGCCGAGAGUCGAUGUUUUGGGUUUAAAGAGCGAGUUUAACCCGAAAAAUGCGAGUCUUACGCCAGAGGAUGAGAGAAGAUUGAAGCUAAUUCGUGAUCACGGUGGGGUGAAUUCAGUUUCCGGUAGUCGUACCGUUCCGAAUGGCGAUACGAAUAGGUAUGCUGAAGAAAGUAAAGUUUUUGAAGGGGAUUAUAGUAAACCUGGUGUUAAUAGGAGUUUCCCCCAUUCUCAAACUGAAGAGUUUAAUCAUUCUGAAGUUGGUAAUGAAAAUUACCAUAGCCACAAUCCUCAACAGUUUCAAAGUAAAGAUUCUAGGCCUGUGAAUGAAGCACAACAUUCCCAUGUGAAUAGUUGGCAAGCACAUACUGGGACGAGUGCACCAUACUAUGACCAUAACAAUCAGCUACCACAACCCUAUGGAAUGCAGAGACAUUCUGUGAGGCAUCACCAUGGCACUCCAAAUACGAACGAACAUGGAGGCUACUUUCCUUCCCCUGGCUUGGUUUCUAACAAUGCAGGUCAUAUGCCAGCUGCUCGGCCAUUCAGUGGGCAGCCUCCUCUUCCCACUUCUCCACCACCUCCUCUACCAAUGGACCCGCCAUCAAAAUCGUCUUCUUUAUUGUUUCCUGUUUCCUUUAGUUCCUCAUCAAUGAUGCCUUCAGCCUAUCCACCAAUUCAUGAUGCCCGUUCCCUGGCGCAGCCUUAUUUCCAUAAUAAGCCAUUUUCACAUGCUUCUACUGGUUUUGCCAUGGAGGAAUCUCAUGUUUCCCAUCAAAUAUCAUCAAGGCAGUAUGGAGAGGGACAUCCAUUUCCACGGAAGCAGUCAUCUUUGGAUAAGCCAAAAGUAAUUGAUGCUUCCCACUUAUUUAAGCAGCCACAUAGACUCACUCGUCCUGAUCAUUUUGUGAUAAUCCUACGAGGGCUUCCAGGUAGUGGAAAGAGCUACUUAGCAAAGAUGUUGCGCGACCUAGAGGUUGAAAAUGGUGGUGAUGCUCCACGAAUUCAUUCUAUGGAUGAUUAUUUUAUGACAGAAGUGGAAAAGGUUGAGGAAAGUGAUGUUUCAAAAUCUUCAAGUUCAGCCAGAGGCAAGAAGCGAGUUUUGAAGAAGGUGAUGGAGUAUUGUUAUGAACCUGAAAUGGAGGAGGCUUAUCGGUUGAGUAUGCUGAAGGCAUUUAAGAAGACCCUUGAGGAGGGUGUUUUCACCUUCAUAAUUGUGGAUGACCGCAAUCUGCGGGUAGCUGAUUUUGCUCAGUUUUGGGCAAUUGCAAAGAGUUCAGGAUAUGAAGUUUAUAUACUAGAGGCAUCAUAUAAGGAUCCUGCGGGCUGCGCAGCUAGGAAUGUGCACGGCUUUACCCAAGAUGACAUACAGAAGAUGGCUGGACUAUGGGAGGAAGCUCCAUCCAUGUACUUGCAAUUGGAUGCCAAGUCAUUAUUCCAUGGAGAUGACCUGAAGGGAAGUGACAUUCAAGAGGUGGACAUGGAUACUGAAGAUGCAGAUAAUGAUAGUCUAUUGGGAUUGCAAGAAAGAAAGCCUGAGAAGAUCAUAGCACCUCCUGCUGAAGAUGAUGCUCGUAAUGCUUUAGGCUCUUCCAAGGGUGCGAAGAGCUUGGAUGCUGAAGAAGACCAUCCAACUGUGGAAGUGAAAGAACUAGGCAGGAGUAAAUGGUCAGAAAUAUUAGAUGAAGAUGAUACUGAAAAAACUGGUGGUGUGAAGGGUAACUUUAAUACUCUUUCUGGACUUAUUCAAGCUUAUCGCAAGGGAGGAAAAUCUGUAUGCUGGAGUGACCAGGUUGGCAAUACGGGGUUUUCGAUAGCAGCGGCAAAGAAGGCGAAUGUCUUGUCUUUGGUUAUUGGACCGGGUUCUGGAUACAACUUGGGCCAUCAAAAUGAUCUCAUUGUGUUUUACUUCCAACACCUGCAGAAGUCCAAUCCAUUACCCGAAGAAGAGAACCCGGUAACCCAUAGCAGUGGUGAAUCAAAGAGGCAGAACGUAUUCGAAGACCAACUUCGAGCAGAACGUGAAUCCUUCAAAGCUGUUUUUGACAGGAGGCGGCAGCGGAUUGGUGGACUUGGUUUGGAGGAGUAG